AUGAGCAACUUGAUCCCAUCGGAGAAACGAUGGAUCAUAACAACCGUCUUACUCGCCGGCCUAGUCGGCGGCGCUCUACUCUUCACAAGCUUCAUACGAGCCGCCGACGACGCUUUCUUCCUCUGUUCCACCGCGAGCGCCAAAAGCCGAGCGAUAGCCGCGGCGGCGGAUUACGAAGCGACACCGAUCCAGCUCCAGUCGAUCCUCCACUACGCGACUUCUAACGUGGUCCCACAACAGAACCUCGCCGAGAUCUCGAUCUCUUUCAACGUCUUGAAAGAGCUAGCUCCGGCCAACUUCCUCGUGUUCGGACUCGGCCGUGACUCGCUCAUGUGGGCUUCUCUCAAUCCCCGUGGCAAAACCUUGUUCCUCGAAGAAGAUCUUGAAUGGUUUCAGAAAGUGACCAAAGACUCUCCGUUCCUCCGUGCGCAUCACGUGCGUUACAGGACACAGCUCAAAGAAGCCGACACGCUUCUACGCUCGUACAAAUCGGAGCCUAGCUGUUUCCCGGCGAAAGCGUAUCUCCGGGGAAACGAACGGUGUAAGCUCGCUCUCACGGGACUUCCCGAUGAGUUCUACGAUACGGAGUGGGAUCUGAUUAUGCUCGAUGCUCCUAAAGGUUACUUCCCGGAGGCUCCGGGAAGAAUGGCGGCGAUUUUCUCGGCGGCUGUCAUGGCUAGGAACCGGAAGAAAUCCGGAGUCACGCACGUGUUCUUGCACGACGUUAACCGGAGAGUGGAGAAGACUUUCGGCGAGGAGUUUCUAUGCCGGAAGAAUAGAGUUCACGCCGUCGGGAGGUUAUGGCAUUUCGCGAUUCCUCCGGUGGCUGCGAACGCUACCAUUGACGGUGGUGAUUAUAGGUUUUGUUGA